AUAAUAAAUAUAAUGAUAUGACUCUUAGGUGUGAUAUAUUGUGGACAGGAAGAGGAAGAGGCGGCUCUCGAUAUCAUAUCCACAAAGUAUGAGAGAUAUGGCAAUGGAGUCGAAGCACCGGAAAAGUUGGAAAUCAUUAAAGAGAGAUGCGAUGAAUUGGGCAAUGCUAUGGGCACGGGUAAACUUUUCUGGGAUAUAGUAACCGGCUUGAAAUGGGCAGGUUAUCUCAAACCUAAAAUCCGGGAAGUUAUUCUAGCGAGUCCCAACAUUCAAUUCUAUGAGAAAGUCAACAUUUUUUGCAAACUGCCCGAGGACAAAAUGCUGAAAUACACACCCAUUAUAAACGCUAAACUGGCCGAUACUAAAACACUACGCGACCGUUUCAUUGGAUACCUAAACGAUGCUUUGAAACAGGCGAGAAUUAACAUGGGCGAAAUAAUAUGCGUUGGCCGUGACUUCUGGGCUAAAGUGAUUGAUAUGCACGACGACAUCGAUGGGUUCAGGGAGUUCUCACACAAACGUGUGGAAAUAUAUCCGGAAGUACUGAACCGAACGGAGCACAUGUUGGGCGUAAAGGUGGUCACAAAGUGCGAGAUGAAAGAAUCCUACCCGGAAGGAACAUAUAAAUCGUAUACCGUGUUGAUUGCUAAAUUAGUUGAAAAGCCACUCAAAUGGUGGUAUUUUGUUGAUAAUACAGAAGAGGAAGAGACGGCCAUUGAUAUCAUAUCCACAAAGUAUGAGAGAUAUGGCAAUGGAGUCGAAGCACCGGAAAAGUUGGAAAUCAUUAAAGAGAAGUGCAAUGAAUUGGGCGAUACUAAAGGCACGGGUAGACUUUUCUGUGAUGUAGUAACCGGCUUGAAAUGGGCAGGUUACCUCAAACCAAAAAUCCGGGAAGUGAUGCUGGAGAGUCCUACUAUUCAAUUCUAUGAGAAGGUUAACUUGUUCUGCAAACUGCCCGAUGACAAAAUGUUGAAAUACACUCCAAUUAUAAACGCUAAACUGGUCGAGACUAAAAAAUUACGUGAUCGUUUCCUUGGAUACCUAAACGAUGCUACAAAACAGUCAAGAAUUAACAUGGGCGAAAUUGUAUGGAGUCCAUUUAAACGCGUCUCAAUUAAUCCCGACGGGAGUGAUAUGGUUAUGACCAGAACAAUGAGAAGACUUCAAAACUUGAUUCAAAACAUGCGAAUGGCCAUUAACACCGGAGUUAUGGACAUAUCUAUCUAUCGAGCAAGCAUUGGCCGUGACUUCUGGGCUAAAGUGAUUGAUAUGCACGAUGACCUAGAUGGGUUCAGGGAGUUCUCACACAAACGUAUUGACGUCUAUCCGGCAGUAUUGAACCGAACUGAACACGUGUUGGGAGUAAAGGUGGACACAAAGUGCGAGAUGAAAGAGUCCUACCCGGAUGGAACAUAUAAAUCGUUUGUCGUGUUGAUGGCUAAAUUACUCACAAAAUUUGUUAUAAAGUUGAUCCGCGCGAUCGCCUGCUAUCGUGUGAUAUAUUGUGGUCAGGAAGAGGAAGAGGCGGCCAUUGAUAUCAUAUCCACAAAGUAUGAGAGAUAUGGCAAUGGAGUCGAAGCACCGGAAAAGUUGGAAAUCAUUAAAGAGAAGUGCAAUGAAUUGGGCAAUACUAAUGGCACGGGUAGACUCGUUAGCCGUGACUUUUGGGCUAAAGUGAUUGAUAUGCACGACGACAUCGAUGGGUUCAGGGAGUUCUCACACAGACGUAUUGACAUUUAUCCGGCAGUAUUGAACCGAACUGAACACGUGUUGGGAGUAAAGGUGGACACAAAGUGCGAGAUGAAAGAGUCCUACCCCGAGGCUAAAUAUAAUUCGUUUAUUGUGUUGUAUUGUAAAUUACUUGCAAAGUAUUUGGAAUCAGCGCUUUAA